AUGUCGAGUGAUGUAAAGUUUCUGAACAAAAUGAGGACAGGUGACAAGCCGAAGGAACAUGUGUGCUGUGUCUUCACUUGCUUCGAGGUUCUCAUCAUUGACAGAGACUUUCUUCCUGCUGUGCUGGAGAAAAUCAUUUCACCUCAUCAGGACCAGGAGUCAGAAUCUGCCCUUGGAGCAGCUUCAGGCAUCACACAGAGUGUUCCCUAUCCUACAGCUGCUCUGUGUGAUGCAUAUUGUAGCAGCAAGGGGGAAGGUUUGAAGGAUGAUACCUUCCUCCUGAGGAAAAAAUGUAAACUCCACCGAGAUGGACGCUGUUUUUCUGGGGACAAUGACCACUUUCUGGCAAUUCAUCAGCUAAAGAGCAGGAAACCUAUGUUUAUUUAUCACCAUGUGCAAAGUUUGGAGAAAAGCCUGGACACAGAUAGUUAUAAGAAUUCAAAACACAAAUUUCAUUCUUCUUCCCACACCAAAAUAAGACAGCUGCACCCUGCAAUAAUUGUUAAGUCAACAUUCCCCAGACCUGCUUAUGACCCAUCAUCCCUCAAUCUGUUAGCUAUGACUGGCCAAGAUCCGGAAGUGGAAAAUCUCCCCGUCCCUGCAACUAACAUAAUUGUUGUGACACUGCAAAUGGAUGUAAACAAGCUGAAUAUCACAUUGCUUCGGAUGUUUCGCCAAGGAGUGGCUGCGGCGUUGGGACUGUUACCUCAGCAAGUUCACAUCAACAGGCUCAUUGGGAAGAAGAACUGUGUGGAACUGUUUGUGUCCCCAGUGAACAGAAAGCCAGGUAUUUCUGAUGCACUCCCAUCUGAAGAAGUGCUGCGUUCACUGAACAUCAACAUUUUGCACCAGAGUUUAUCACAGUUUGGAAUAACGGAGGUCUCCCCUGAGAAAAAUGUUUUGCAAGGCCAGCGUGAAGCAGACAAAAUCUGGAGCAAAGAAGGAUUUUAUGCAGUUGUCAUAUUUCUCAGCAUCUUUGUCAUUCUUGUAACUUGCUUAAUGGUUUUGUACAGACUAAAGGAGAAGAUCCAGUUAUCCCUGAGACAAGAGAAGGAAAAGAAGCAGGAGAUCCAUCUCUCACCCCUUCCCCUCCAGACAUCUCAGUCCGAGUACAAGACCACCAACAGCAUGGUCCAGCCUGAACAGGCUCCAAAAGUUGUAAAUGUUGUAGUCGACCCUCAAGGCCAAUGUGUUCCUGAGCUCAAACCUCCUCUGCCUGCCAGUCCAUCUCCUUUCAGAAUGAAACCUGUAGGGCUCCAGGAAAGACGAGGAUCCAAUGUCUCUCUGACUUUGGACAUGAGUAGUUUGGGGAGUGUUGAACCUUUUGUCUCUGUGCCUACUCCACGAGAAAAAGUAGCAAUGGAAUAUCUGCAGUCAGCCGGCCGCGUCCUGACAAGACAGCAGCUCCGAGAGACAGUUGCAUGUUCUCAUUUACUUCAAACAGAAUUCAUGGAAAUACCAAUGAAUUUUGUGGAUCCCAAAGAAAUCGACAUCCCGAGUCAUGGAACUAAAAACCGCUAUAAAACAAUUUUGCCAAAUCCUCUAAGCAGAGUGUAUUUGAAACCAAAAAAUCCAUCUGACUCCUUGAGUACCUACAUAAAUGCUAACUACAUUAGGGGAUAUGGAGGUAAAGAGAAGGCUUUCAUUGCAACUCAGGGACCCAUGAUUAAUACCGUGAAUGAUUUCUGGCAGAUGGUUUGGCAAGAAGACAGCCCUGUCAUUGUCAUGAUCACAAAGCUGAAAGAAAAGAAUGAG